AUGCUACUAGAAUACUACCCAUUCAACUUCUACCAGCAGCAAAAAAGACCACUACCUACAAUCGGCCUCAUUCACCACGAAUUCAUGUCCCAAAACCUCACAUUCUCUUGUGUUCCUGGGCUGACACCCAAAGUCAUCUUCCCGAUAAUAACACCCACCAUAGAUCUUACCCUUCACACCUCAAAGAAACCUGACCUUCCUCCUGAAGCAUGGCAAGCAUGCUGUGCAGAUAUCCUGGACCAGUACCCUUCCCACACCCCUGUGUAUUGUGAUGGAUCCAAGACGACUGAGCUAACAGCUAUAGGUGUCUGGAGUGCCUCCUUCACCCUCAAAGCUCGUCUCAACAAAAAUAACAAUAUUCUCACUGCUGAACUCUUUGCCAUCUUCUAUGCACUAAAGUUCCUGGAAGCCAGGGAGGGCUCCUUCAUAAUACUUUCUGACUCCCUCAGCUCCCUCAGAGCUCUACAACAUAUACACUCCAAGUCGCACUUCCUAGUCCUCAAAAUCACCCAUCUUCUAUCCACAUCACAAAACAAAUUCAUCCUAGCUUGGGUUCCAUCCCACAUGGGCAUCAAAGGCAAUGAACUAGCAGAUAAGGUGGCACGAGAAGCUCUUUCACUGCCUCAAACUGUGGCAACUUUACAUUCAGACCGCGAACUUAGGAGCAUGAUCGCAGCGCACUUCCAUGCUCAGUGGCAGCAGCAGUGGAACAAUUCUACAUGCAGACUUCGAUUGUACAAAAACAACAUAGGGCAAUCUACGUACCUAUCUAUUCAACGCACCCAUCAAGUGCCGCUCACCAGAAUUCGCUUAGGAGCAACCAAACUAACACAUCUGCACCUGUUCACUGGGGGACAGCCAGCUCGCUGCACUCCCUGCCAAACAAACUGGUCUACCUUGCAUCUUCUUCUUGAAUGCCCACUACUGCGACAGUCACGGCUGACACUGAGGCAGGAGUGCCAGAGAUCAGGGUGGCCCUUCACCCUGGAAGCCCUUCUGAGGGAUGAUUUCCCAUCAGAGGUGCUGAUCGACUUCCUGACCGAAACCGGAUUCCUGAAUCAAUUAUAA